GCUCAAAACGCGCGUAGCGUUACAGUGAUGGCUGAUGAUAACAACUCUAAUGGACUACAUUGUGUGGCUAAUUCAGACAAUGCUCUUAAAUUAAAGAUAUCAUUUUCUGGAAGCAAACCUACGCAAGACUGCUUUGAAGAUGCAGAGCCUGAUGUUCUAACCGAAGUUACAAGUCGAAACCUUUAUACUGUACUGAAUGAAAUUCAUCAGAAUCUUGUUCGCAGAGACCCUCGUGGAAUUUUCGCCAAUCCUGUAACUGAUGAUAUUGCUGUUGGUUAUUCUGAGGUGAUUUCAAAACCUAUGGAUCUUGGAACGAUAUGCAGUAGACUUCGCUCUCGGGCAUACUAUCGUUCUGCUGCAGAAUAUCUUGCUGAUGUUACAUUAAUGUGUGAUAAUGCAAUGGUCUACAAUCCUCCAGAUACUAUUUAUUAUCAGCGUGCGCGAAAACUGUUAUCAUUCUGCCGCAAACAAAUGACUUUAUCGUCUCUACAAAAAGCCUGUAAGGAUUUACCAGGAGGAUUAACUUCAGAGGAAAUUGGUGAUUUGAUGAGUGUAGAAAAUCAAAUGAGUCAUAUGAUUCGUAUGAAAGCCUUUAUCAGAUCUUCAAAAAUCCACAGUAAUGCAGAAAGUGAGUUCAGAACAACGGGAAGUGAUUCGAAAUUCGGCCUUUCACCAAAAUAUCGUGGUGAUUCUAAUCGUAACGUUGUUGGUAGUUCUCAGUCAUCUAUUGUAUAUCCUAUCCAUAAAAAGAGAGGUCGUCCAAAGUCUCAUCUGUCUACCACCUCUAGAUUCCAUAUUCAUUUAAAUAGGAAACCACUCAAAAGUCUUUCACAUGUCUCAUCAGAGCAACACUCGUUUCGUGAUGAUGUAAAAAGUAAACAUAGUAUAGAAAGUCGUGUUUCUUCUUCUUCACAAUUGGACAAGUCAUCAACGUAUUGUAGUGCUCCUCCAAAAGAAAUUCAGUCAACGCCUAAAAGUGGCACCAGUGGAUCGUUCCCUAUUCAAUCUCCCACAGUAAUUACCCCACAGCGACGUGGUCGUGGUAGACCUAGAAAAAUAAGGGUGGAUGACAUACAACCUCCUGUAUGUAGUGCAAAAUUAAAUGUUUCUUCAGAGCUUCAAGAUUCUUCAGUCUUAUCUCAGACUUCUACAUUAGAUAUUAAAAUGCAUCCUGAUAGCGUAUCUGCUAUAUCACGUGAUCAACCUCAUUCCGAGAAUUCUAUGAUGAUUAAAUCAGAAACCACACAAUCAGAAUAUGACAACUCCGUUGCUGACUACAUAAUAAAGGCUGAACCAGAUUGUGAUUCUAAAGAAUUUUCAAAUACUGAAAAUUUUGCUUUAAUGAGUAAAGCUCCAUCGACUGCAUCAUCUUCUCCACUAUCUGGAUCUUCUUGUAAAACUUUUAAUGGUAAAGCUUCAUUAAUCUCUAAAAAACAGCGAGUCAUGCAUCGGGACAAUCAGUCAAAUAAACAAUUAUCUCAUUUUAAGAUCGACAACCACUAUAAAUACAAAGACUCGUGUGUUUAUUCGGAUAGAGCAAACAGUGUGAAUGAUGAUGAUAGUGUUUACAAUGAUGAUAGUUGCGACGAAAGCUCAGAUAGAUCACACUAUCGUCAAACAGUUGAUAAUCUAUCGAAUGAAGUUCUCCUUCAGGCUAAAAAAGCAGCUGCAGAGUCUGCUGCAAAACUGAAACGAAAAUAUGCAAAUAUUACAAGUAAUGAAAAUAAUGUUGAAUAUAUUGGACCGAAAAUUGUUUGUUUAAAUUGCACAAUUGAAGGAGAAGUUUCUGCUAUUGAAUGCCGAGAUGCGCGUUCCAAUACAAUUUCCCAUGGUCAGAAACUUCAAAAUAAAACUGAUGACACAGUAACAAGUGAAGAAACCACAAAACCGGAGAAAAUACAGAAAGUAUCUUACCCUCCACUUCUCACAGACUUAUUAACUAAACAGAAAGCACUAAAUAUUCCAAAGAUGGACGACUAUUCUAUGGCUCAACAAAAUGAAAUUCUCGACAAUUUACAUAAAUUGAAGUGUAAUACUUCAGAUGAACCAAUCGCUACAGCUAUUCAUGGCCCACUGACUAUAUUUUCACCAAUGCAAUUGGUACAACUGAGCGAGGUCUAUAGUAGUGAUCCAAGUCUUAUUGAGUAUGCAGUUUCUUUGCUUAAAUUUGUCCAGCCAGUCGGUCGGUGGGCUCGUCGGUGGGUUGCUAAACGUUUGGAUGCUGCAACAGACGGUCUACACUCUCAAGCUGUUUAUGCUCUUCAAUCUCAGUAUGAUAAUGAUAAAACUGAAUUACUUCAGAGUUGGUUUGACGAAGUGGAUUUAACGAUCGAUCCUCCUACUCCAAAAUCUGAUGAAGUUGAUACAGAACACCUUGAACCUUGUCUACUUGAUCUUCUUAUGGAUGACGAUACAGUUACUUCUUGUAAUAGCAAUACAAAUGGCCCUGUACUCCCUACUGAUAAUGAACAUGUUUCACUUAUUACUGACGUACAAAUAUCAUGCAUUAAAAAUGGAAACAUAAAUUCUGUAAACACUUCAAAUUUGUCAAACCCUGUCGAUGUAACGUUGACAGCAGAUUCUUGUGAAACAUCAUUUUAUAAUACUUCUGUAUCCGCUUCUGAAGUCACUGUUUCCGCACCGAGUUCAACAAUAAUUCCACAACAGAAUUCCUCACUGAAUAAUGAACUUGAUGAUGUCAUAAUUUGUGACUCAUUACCGUCAUCUGUUUCAACGUCAACUCCUUGUGAAAAUAUUACAGCACCCAGUGAUAACCAGUCAAUUGGUCAAGUUGCACUGGUCGCUACCAAACCUUCUGAAGGACAGGCGCUCUCUGAUGAAUGUGCUUCAAAUGUCAAAGUUGUAGAUGAUGUUGUUUGCUCUAGUUUCUCUAGUUUAAGCGAUCUUAAAUCAGAUUGCUUUGUUCACGUAAAAAGUGGGCAAACAUCUGAAGCUCCAAGUGAUAGUUCAACGUCACUUUUGAAAACUGCUCUCAGCGCUGCCUCUUCAUACUCUCUAAGUUCUUCACAUGAUCGAAUUGUUGUACAAAAUAAAGUAAUUUUAAAUGCAGGAGAAGAUAGUACUAAAAAUCUCUCCUCAAGUGAUGGCUUAACUACCACCAUGCCAGCAACUAGCUUGCAGCAUAGUUUGUUUUUGGAUUCCCAUCUUAUUACUCACAAGGAAAUUCCUGCUGUUGAAACACACGCGGAAAAUAGUUACGACACAAUCAAUUAUGCAGAAGCCAAUUCGUCGACUGUAUGUCAACUUCAAAAUUCAUGUGUAAGAAUAUGCGUUGAUAUGGAUGCUAGUUCCACGUCAUCUACAGAUACUGAAAACGCCAAAUCACUUCCAUUGUCAGAUUUAAUCUCAUCAGAUAUUUCCCAGACUAAUCAUAAGUCACCGGAAACUAAUGCUGAUAAUACAUUGAUUUCUUGA